AUGCAGAAGGACGCUCCGGCCCAGGCGGUUCCUAGCCGAAAGAAGAGCGGCAAGGCUAUCUCCGCCCUCAAGAAAUUGAAGGCAAAGCUCAAGAAGACUUUUGGUCGCCGCCACAGCGACAAAGCUCCCAGCGCACAGCACACAAGCAGCCAGCCCGUUGGCCACCGCCAUCCCACCGAAGAUGAGAAGCGCAGGCGCUUCAACGAGCGUCGCCAACACCAACUCCACCAGCAGCGCAGCGCUCUUCUGCCCCUCAACAAGUCGCUCGUCGCCCAAUCUCCUGCGAGCAUCCCGACAUACUACAGGGUUCUAGACUGGCUUGAGACGCUCGAGUAG